UUUUCCAUUCUUUUUUUUGCUUCUUUAUCUUUUUUCUUCAAUCCAAAUCGACAAACUCAUUUCCUCUUAUUUUAUAUACACACACAUUCACACACAAUGUCGACCGUUCGCGCAUUUUCAAAGGGCCUUAAGGAGCUGCGUGUCCACAUGUCGCAGAACUCUCCGAGCAGCAAGGGACUGCGGGAGUUUAUCAUCAAGUCGUACCCAGGCCUGAAGCAGGCAAACCCGGGUCUUCCGAUUCUUAUUCGUGAAGCAAGCGGUGUCGAAUCGCGGAUCAUUGCUCGUUUCGAGUUUGGUCGUGAGCGCAAGAUUGUUGUCGACGAUCUGAGCCAGGCCGACGUGGAGCAAAAGUUCAAUGCGUUGGUGUCCGAGUCAAAGUAGAUGAAUAUAAGCCGCUUAACUUUUAGUAUUUCAAUUCAUAUGGUACAAGUAAUAACAGUAUUGUUUAGAAGCGUA